AUGGCCAAAUCGAAGAACUCGUCCCAGCAUAAUCAGGCGAAGAAGGCACACAAGAACGGGAUCAAGAAGCCUAAGACGCACAGAUACCCAUCGCUCAAAGGCACAGAUCCGAAGUUCCGGAGAAACCACAGACAUGCGCUGCACGGUACAAUGAGGGCGUUGAAGGAGGUGAAGGAGGGCAAGCGCGAUGCAGCAUGA